CGGGAGAUGUAAGAAGCGUUUCUAGAACGUCUACGCGUGACAGAGACUGUCUGUCAGUUUCUCACGCUGACGACAGGGUGCAAUACUCCACUGCGUUUCUUUCAAGAGUCCUCUACAUGCCUGGAGCCUCUCCAUGUGAUGCAGUAUCUGUGCAACCGUCGCUGUGCUUCUCUCUGGAAACUGGAGAUGCGAGAUAGAGUGACAAAAAGUCGCAGCGCGUGUCUGGUGGUGCGCUGUCGGCCAGUUUUCUGCCUCAACGACUCGGGAGAGCGCAACCUGAACGACCUGUGGAAGUGCAGCGAGUCUCUCAGACUUCCCGACGACGGCUGGGUCUCGAGCACCGUCGCCUCCGUUUCGUUGACUACAGAAGAGCGCAGUCUUUUCAGAGACACUCCACAAGCACAGUCGAGCCAACGAGACGGCGCGUCUGUUCCCCAGCGCCACGGACGACGCGACAUCUCAUUUACCGCGGCUCCGUUGAACAAGACGUCCUGAGCAACAAUCCUGUCUCUCGCACAGCUGAGAUUCCCUUCGUUUCCACGGCUCUUCACCAAACACACACAUCCGAAUACGCGCCACGGCAGGCGACGCAACUGAGGACGCGACUCACAGCGAAGGGAGCAAGUCCUGCAAGUGAUCAGUCCAGAAGCUGAGGCUAAACAGGCACGAUCAUCGCAAGCGAGGAUGCAAACGCCUGACCCUCGGUAGUCUGAGAGAAACAGACUGAGCAGGCUUUGAGCGGGGGGGGGGGUGGGUGCCUAUGUCUUCGACCGCGGCGAACGCCACGAUGUUUCUCGACCAGUGUGUAGAAAGACAUCCAUUCUCUAAGCACGCGCUGGACACACCGCUGCAGUUGGCGCACUUUACAUGCGGAUCGCGAAAAGCUUUCUUCCCCGGCUUGCAGACAUGGCCCAGGAAAACGAUUGUUUUGAGGGGAGAAACGCCCGAGAGUCGCUGUCUCUUGCACCUUCAAGAGGUAGAGAGUCGGCGUGUGUGUUCCUUCUCUUCGUUUGUCGAGUGGAGACGCCUUUUUCUUCGUGAGUCAGAGCUCGGAAGAAAGCAGGCCAAACGAGAAAAAAUCCUUUGUUGUCCGGAGGUCUCCUCACCCGGGAGGAUAUCUGCCUGCACAGCGUAAAGCCGAGCGGCAGGAGGUCGACCUCUGUCGGUCGCCAGCGAAUCCUUUUCUACCUCCUUUUCUAUACUUCCUUCGUCCUUUCCGACGACUUCCUCGAAAAACUUCGGAGAGGAACGUUUCGUCGCGCCCGAAGAAAAAAAACUGCGACCCUCCUCUGGCGUUCGGAACCAAGAAGAAGGGCAGUUCCGCGGGUCCGCGGGUCGGCGCUCGCUGACAAGUCUAUUCGCGCUAGCAUUUGUGCAGUGCAUGUCGUCUGAAGUGACGGCUGUUUCUCCGCAUCUCUUUGUUCCGUGUAUUUUCUUUCCGUUCGGCCGAACGCGCGCGAGAAGACGGCGAGUUUUUUGCGCUCUCCCGCUCCCGUUUUUCGCUCUGCGCGUUACGCGACGCUCGCGAAGAUUCGAGCUGUCAGGUGGCGCCGAUUUUCUCCCUGCUUUCCCCGCGCGGCUCCGCGGCGCUCGCUGGAAACCUUUCCCCAGAAAAGUUUUCGUGAAACCGUCAGGGAAACACGCACCCACAGAACGGGUGGCUGCCUCUUCUCAAACAGGAAACGGCUGUCUUGUCGUCCGCGAGCGAGCACCCCAGCUCGGGCGUCCACACAGAGCGAGCUCCCAGCGCACUGCCGAACAUCGACGCAGAGCAAGUCCUCAGACAACCUCGGCGUUCGUCUCUGCACUGGAGAACGGAAAGGUUCCCUCGGCCGUUUUCUCCCCCGCUUCCAUCGAUCCGCGUCUCCAACUCUUCCAGCCCACCGUCGGAGGCGGAACUUGACGCGAGGUCGGCCUGAGAGCCGCCACAGGGGCGCAGCUCCCGCCUCUUGUCGUCGCGUUUUCUGUUUGCUGCGGCUGAAGAAGCCGCUUGUUUCCUUCGGCGUCUCGACUGCGGAGACUUUCUCUAGUCACGCAAGAGCUCCUGCGAACGACGGCCGUGACCUGCGGCGUCCGUUCGGUCAGCCGAGAGUCCCCCGCGCCUGCCCUUGGGAGGCCGUCGCAGCUUCCGCGCGCAGCGACGAGAAUCCGCGAGACUCUUCCAUUGCGGCGAAAAGACGUUUUUCUGACGGCCGUUCACCUUGCGAUUUGACAACGCAACGACCUGCCGCGUGACUCGCGAGAGAAGCGCCUGGCUCUGCAACCGCGCACCCGUCUUCCAGACGCUCGCUUCUUCUCCGCCGCCUCAAACGACACACACACAGAGAAAGACGACACAACGCGAGAGGAAAGAAGGCGCAGACACACAGAAGGAAAGAGAAGAAAAAUUGAACGGGGCGAUGAGUCGCGGAAAAUGAUGACGAAGAGCGAGGACGGCGCGCGACUGUUGCGCGGUGUGUCGCCUCGGCACUAGCAUCUCGUUUUUGUUUCAUGGUGUGGAGGAGAAGCCAACGAACAACAGAAGAUGGGCAAGAGACUCUGCUGAAGGCUCCCGAGUGGCGGAUCCAGAGAAGGCAGAAAAAAACCUACGGAGAUCGCAGGGGAUGCGCGGACCGCAGAGCAAGGAGAGACAAGCGCCCAGCGGCGAGCAUCCGAGAGGACUGGAAAAGUGGAGCGAACGAACAGGAAACGAUACCCCCCUCCCUCUGCUUUUCUCCCUUUUCGCUCGACCUCACCUGCGUUUCCCUCAGGCUCUUGCUUCGAAAGAAUCUCGUUUUUUUCAGUUCUCUUAAAUAGCCUCCUCUCCACUGCUUCUGAGCCUAUUCCCCGUCGUCGCGCCUCUCUUGUCUCUGCCUGCCUGGACACACACACUCUCUCUGUCCAACUUCUCCGCUUCUUUUGCUCUCCGUGAUUCGUUUGAGGCUCUGUGUCAAACGAAGACGCCAGACUCAUCUGUGAUCGUCCAGUUGCAACUCUCGUUUUUCCUUUUUUCGUUUUUCAAGUGGUGCCGUCGUUCCUCCCCUCUCCAAGUUCUCCACUCGCGCGAAGCGUGAUCUCUCUUUGUUCUUUUGCAUUGUGUAUUUCUCCCUUUCUCGUCGCGCUGGAGUUUCAGUCGAUCCGGCCUUCGUUCGUCCCGCUCGAGGCCUUUGCUCUUUCCCCGAUUUGACAGGUUCCCUUCCGUGUUUCCAACUCCUCUGUCUUUUUUUCCUUCGUUUUUCUCGAUUUCGAGGCUUCCUCAUCAGCCGCCUUCUCCUGCUUUCCCUGUUCUCGCUCUCUGUUCGUCUCGGCCCUCCCUCGUCCUCGGAGAAGGCCUUCUCCUGCACCGCGUCUCGCUCUUUUCGUCUCGUCGUUCCUCAGGUCCUGCUGUCCUCGUUCGCUGCUUCUGCCUUCGCGUUCCUUGCCGCGAUGGCUCUGAGACGCUUUUUCUGUCGCCGCGCGCAGGCGACGACCCCCCAUGCGGCCUCGCAGCCGCCUGCGUCGACUGCGCAACUCGCAGAGCAGAACGAGAGUCCCGAGACAGAGAAGAGCUCCUCGGGACCUGCCCAAGAGCGCGCAGAUCACCCUGAAACAGAAAACGCAACGAGUGGAACGAACGGUGCGGCCCUCAUCUCCACGGCCGAAAGCGACGGCGUCGCCGCGACCCCCGCGUCCAAUCAGCUACCCGCGACUGCGGCCGUCUCCGCAACUCCAGCAGCGCCUGUGGAGGGAUGCGAGAAAGCGACACCAGAGGAGCUCGCGGAGAAGGACGGGUCUCAAGAGAACGCUGGCGAGAAUGCUGGUGAGAACGCCGGCGAAGGCUCAGGAGCCUGCAUGUCUCCAAGCUCGCGGCAGAUUCCGACUGAGGGUGCGGCGGGGGCCGCGCGGCAGAUGCCGGACUUGGCGGUCUCGAAGGGUGAGGAUGGCGUGAGUGUUCGCGCCAUUGAGAAGAAGGAAACCGCAACGGGGGAUGCAGCAGCUGCACCUGUCGAAGCGGCUGCGGCCGACCAGGGCGAGGCGCGCGAGGCCAGCGGGGAGAAGCGUUUUGAGGACGCGUCGGCGCGAGCAGAGAAGCGCGACUCGUUUGUCUCAACUUCUGAGCAGAUCUGCGAGGUCGGCUCCGCGGGAGUGGCGGGAGAAGAGAGCGUACGGCGGCGCUCAGGACUCGAGCAGCGAGCGUCUCUGGAGGAGGUUUUGGAGCGGAAGAUGAAGAAGUUGGAGGCGUACCUGGAGGAGGAGCAGCUCUUCAAGGCGUUCUCGUAUGUGCUGUUGCUUGAACAUCAGAUCGACCACCGCGUCGCGACUCUGAAUGCGACCCUGGGGCUGCCUCCUGCACCUGGCGGCUGUCUCGCAGGACUCUUUCCUAACGGCGAACGGCUCGCAGACGAGCGUCGCGGCGAGGAGCGAAAGGCCGAGGAGGGGGACGACGCGCUUUCUGCUCUGCGGCCGAGCUCCUUGCUGCCAUCCUCGCUGCUUCUGAAGAAGCAGGAGGACCUGCGCAUUCAGCGAGAGACGCUGCUGGCCUUCGCGAACCGCCUGUCGAGCAGCCAGGAGCUGAAGAACCUCUGCUUCGAAAUGCGAUGGGCCUUUCAGAUGCUCGGCAACUUCCACCUGGAGCACUUGCGGCAGGUGUGUGAGGAGCCGCGGCUCUCCGCAUGCGACAGCUUCUCCUCGCUUCCGCGCUCCGCGUCCUGCGCCUCGCAAUCCUCCACCUUCUCCUUCUUCAGGGGCGCCGACCGCGACCGCGAGGAGACGCGCGCGGAGGCUUCGGGAGCGUUGGGCGCCAAAGGCUCGGGGGCGCUCGGCGCGCGGCCUGAACGUGAGGCGCGAGACGAAGACUCUGUGGCCGCGGAGGCUGCGCUUCCGGAGCGGAAGCUGAGCACGACGAAGAUCAAGCAGGGACUUCGAAACAUGAGUCGCAAGAUGAGUCUCUCCAGAAGAUCCAGCACCGGCAGACGCUCGGGAGUGAAGAAAAUCAUGACGGCGAAGAAAAUCCAGGACGACGAAGGCUGGAUUCGAGAAAAAGGGCGUUAUCUGGACUUGGCGUAUCGGGUGGAGAAGGACUCUUCGGUGUCGAUGAAGGUCCGAGGGAAGUUGCCAUGUCCGUUGUUCGAAGUGCUGUCGAUCCUGAACGAGACGGACUUGGCAGGCUCCUGGGCACCCUUCUUCAAGUCUGCAGAGCGGGAGCAGCAGUACACGAAGGCCUCGCAGCUGGUGCGGCAGGUGUACGACUAUCCCCUGCUCGGGGCGAAGGAGACGUUGAUGUUUUGCGUGGGCAUCAAUGCGUUGGAGGAGGCAGGCUGCGUCAUCAUCUUCUGUCGCUCGCCGCCGGAGAACGCGACCGAGUUUCUCGGACACCCAGUGCCUGAGAAGCGCAAGCUCCUCCGCAUCCAGUCUGCAGACCUCGUAUUUCUCCUCUACCCCAUCGCUGAGGGACGGCAGACGACGCUCGAGCUCUACGGUCGCUUCCAGCAUGGCCUGCGCUUCGUUCCCAUGAAAAUCGUCACCUUCGUCGUCAAGAAAGUCGUCCGCGGCAUGUUCGUCGCGAUCGCCAGACAGUGCCAGUCCUUCCAAGCCGGACCGUACAAGGAACGCGUCCAAAACAAUCCUGCCUUCUACUCCUGGAUGCGCAGCAGGAUCGAGGACUUCGUGCAGCAGCAAAAGCAGGGGCAUAUGCGAAACACCGAAACCAUAUCGCUCGCAAGCUUCAACUGCGAGGAAUUCCAAGAUUAAACGGCAUACAGAGACACACACACAUGUGCAUAGAGAUGCAGAGGUCGACGUUGAUAAACGUACUCACACAUAUACGUAGAGAUACACAGAAACUCAUGUAUAUACAUAUAUAUAUAUAUAUAUACAUAUAUAUAUAUAUAUGUAGGUGUAUCUGUAUGCAUAUAUGUACAUGUGUGUGUUUUUAGAGAUGGGUGACAGGUUUUCUGCUUGCGUGGGCAUGCAGAUUUGUUUUUUAGGCUUCGUGGAGGGAGAAGGUUCUUUUACGUCGACAGGAGAGAGCUAUGUAUUUUUCAGUGGACUCCGUGCUCUUCACCUCCACAUGCUUAUAGUGACACUCGUGCCGCCCCUUUUAUUGUACACACAUAAAACUGUACGCAUACAUCAUAUAUAUAUGCAUGUACAUACAUAUGUAUAUCUAUAUAAAAAUAUAUAUAGAUAUAAAUAUAUAUAUAGAUAUAGAUAUAUAUGUAUACGCAUAUAUGAAUGCCUGUCCAUUUGAUUCGCCAGAAGUGCGGGAGAAAAGUUAGACGUCUCCGUUCUGCGGAAAGGCGCAGCGAAGGCGCUGUUCAGGAAACUAGGCCAGGCCUAGCUGUACAACGUUAAGAAAACGUGGAGAUGUUUCCGUGGCUUUGUGUUGCGUCGAUUCGUGCGGUUCACGCGGAUCUCGAGACACGCUGGAAAGAAGCAACGGCUACGGAGUUGAAAACCGUGAACAUGUGGAAGAAGCUGAGAGAACUUGGGGGGAAGAGAAGAGGGUCGGGACCAGGCGUUUUCGCAAGGCGAAAGUCUCGGAACGGGGCGAAUGAGAGCUCUGAGACGGCAGAUGUCACUGACUCUUUGCUGUCGCACAAAAGAGGGCAUGGCAGAAAGAGUGGAAGGGGAUUCCGUUUUUCGAAUCCGUCGACAAAACAAGAAAAAGCACAAAAAAGUGCUCAACACCUUCCUCGAGGCUUCUCCGCGAGAUGCCACGCCGCCUCCGAAGCUCUGGGGUGUAUGUACACCCCGUGCCAAUGAUGGACCCGCGCCCGGAGGCGGCAGUUUUUUCUCGUCGUUAGUGUCCAAGGGGGAAAGACGAGGAAGAAGAACUCUCCACGACUCUCGCGUCUGCAUGCUUGCAGAACCGAAGUCUUUGUAUUUCGACAGUCGCUUCAACUCAAACAGCAAACGACCAAGCUUGUCUUCAACGC